UUCUUGACGAACUCUCCAAUACCCGAGGGUAGUAUAGAUGUUUCGUUUAUCAGGAAAGACGAUGAGGACGAGGAUGCACAGAAUUUUGAAGUCUACUCCGAGGAGGGCGACCGAGAAUUUCAUGUGGUAAUUGGUAUAAAUCGAAGAAUGACAAGCGAUGAACUGUUGAGGCAGAUCAGAGAAUUGUGCUACGUUGCAGUUGCCGAAGAAUGGGAAGAAAUUCAUGUUGAUCAUGAGAGUUGUAUCCGGUUGACGAGUCUUUCGAGAAAAGAAAUUGAAAAGCAAUGGCGAGAAAUCUUCAAUCCUGGAGAAUGUGUCGUGUAUCUUCACGACAAAGAACGAAUGAUCCCUCGAGUAGAGGAUAUCCAGAAAAUACUCAAAGAAAACCAUAACAGUCCAAUAGGAGGCCAUGGCGGAGUCAAGAAAACAUAUUAUCGGAUAUCACAAAAUUUCUUUUGGAAAACUUUGAGAAGAGAUGUAGAAAAAUUUGUGAAAAAUUGUGUGAUUUGUCAGAGAAAUAAAGCCAAUCGACAUCCGACUAAAAUGCCUAUGGUAAUCACGGAUACACCGCAAAAGUUCAACGACAAGAUCGCUAUGGAUAUCUGCGGACCCUUACCAUUAACCGCUCGUCGGAAUAAAUAUGUUUUGACUAUACAAGAUUAUUUGACAAAAUAUUUCGUUGCACUUGCAUUGAAAGAUAUUACAGCUCAUUCGGUUAUUGAAGCAUUCCUGAAAGGAUAUGUCAGAUACUUUGGACCACCACGAACAAUCCUGACAGACAGAGGAACGAAUUUUACCAGCGACUUAAUGAAGAAUUUUACAAAAAUGUUAGGGAUUAAGCACAUCACGACGACCAGCUUUCAUCCAGAAAGCAAUGGUAGCUUGGAGAGAAGUCAUCAAGUAUUGAAAGAUUAUCUUCGCCAUUUUACAAACAAAAACGCUGAUGAUUGGGACGAACGAAUUCAUUUGGCGAAUUUGUAUUAUAACACAUCAAAACACGAGAGUACGGGUUUCACGCCGUAUAAGUUAUCUUUCGGUAUUGAUCCACGGAAUAUCUCGUCACUCAUGAGAGUUAACACAACGUAUCCUGAAUAUUUGGAGAACCUACAAACGAAAAUCUCUACAACGCUGGAAGAGAGCAAACGAAUAAUCACCGAUAGUAAAAGACGAACAAAAGAACGAUACGAUCGAAUGAUCAAUCCACAGGAUUUUCAUCCUGGAGAUUUAAUCUGGUUGAGAAAAGAAAAACCAUACUGAUUGAAAUAUUGAGGACCGAUGCCAGAAAUUAUGAGGAAACAGAAUUUUUGACGUUACCGAAUUUGCACAUGGAAUAUUUGGGAAAUACAAGAUUCUUUCAUGAGACCUACAACGUGAUUUCAUACUAUAAUUUGGACGAACUCACUUGGGAGGAGAGCGAAAUCACUAAAGGAUUGAAUUUCGUGGAAAAUCUGUGUUCUCAAAAUUGCACAGAAAAGAGAUUGAUUCAACGGCUACGUGAACAAUUAAACAUCAUCCGUAACGAUAAGUACACACUGUUUUCAACCAUCGGCGUACCAACCCUUUAUCGAAAUAAACGUGGUUUGUUUGACUUUGUGGGAAAAAUAAGCAAAAUUUUAUUCGGAACUAUGAGUGCAGAUGACGCGGAGUAUUAUAACAAAGAAAUAGAUGCAGUCCAUAAUGAUAACAAACGAAUCGGGGAAUUAUUCAGAAAUCAGACUCACAUAAUUCAACUCUUUCUUCAAAAAAGUGAAGGGCUUUUUCGUAAAUACAAUGAUACAUUCAAUAAAAUCAAUCUAAAUUUCCAGAAUCUUGGUAAUGAAUUAAAUGAAUUGAUAAAAAGAGACGAGGUAUUAGCAAAGGAUUCUUUGUUAACAGAAAUGUGUUUGGAAAUUGAAUUAGCAUUGAUAGGACUAGAUAGAAAUGUGAGGAUUUUAAUAGAAUCAAUCAUGUUUGCAAAAACUGGUCAGACAAACCCUCAACUAUUAUCGCCGGAAUUAUUAAUGAGUGCUAUUAAAUUAAUAAAAGAGGAAAAGGGAAGCGAUCAGAUGCCCAUCCCCGUUCAUGAUGGCAACUAUUUCGAAUAUUUGGAAGUCAGUGAUGUGGCUAUUAGUGUCAUAGGAUACCGUUUUGUGUAUGUUACAAAAAUACCAAUUCUUGAAGUCGAAAAUUACAAAGCAUUCAGAGUGAUUCCAGCUCCGAAAUUGAUUGGAAACAACUUAAUUGCAUACAUCUCGAAUCCACACGAUUAUAUUAUUACUAAUGAUGAAAAAUUAUUGUACACCCCGAGCGACGAACGUUUUUUAGACACCUGUAAGGUGCACCAAUUUCGAUAUUUUUGCAAAAGGAUAAACCCGAAAUAUUAUAUGAAAGCACACGACACUUGUCUGAGUAAAAUAGUAAACGAACCUCUAAAGUUGAACAAAAACGACUGUACUAUUAAAAUAGUCCACGUAACUCACACGAUGUGGGUUCAAUUUAAGAGUAAUAAUAAAUGGCUAUACACUGCACCAAAACCGGAAUCCAUUCGCAUAAUGUGUAAAGAGAACGUAGAAGAAAAAAUGAUAAACGGCACUAAAAUUCUUUGGAUAGAACCAGGAUGCAGUGCAGUAACCAAUGAUGCUAUACUAAAUUCACACAUCGAAAAGGAAUACGAGCAAAAUAAGGCAUUUACUCCCCUCAUCACUUAUAAUUUUAGCGAUCACUUCCAAGUAUUAGAGAAAUCAUUUUUUAACCUUAGUCUUGUUAGAAUUCAUACAAUUGAAACACCAGAUGUGAAAACAGGUGACCUCACCAAAUACGGAACUAAAUUGAGUGACCUUAGCAAAGAAAUAGACGAAAUUGGAAGUCAUCAAAGAACUAAAUCUUUUCAAGAAAAUUUAAUAACAUGGUUUUGGUACAUCUUAUAUGGGGUGGCUACGGUACUAAUAAUUUAUCUAACUUUUAAGUUAAGAAUCGUAAAAAUCUUGAAAUGUCUAUUAAACAAGGUAUCCAAUCUGUGUACUUCAUUGUCAAAUUACUUCUUGGAUCAACAGACUGAACGUAAUGCUUUUCGAAAUGACAUUUUUAUGGAAUCAAUACCAGAAGUCAACUCAGUAUCAAGUCUAGAAACGUUGCCAAAUAGACCUGUCAAAAUUAAACAUUCUUCUCAAACAACAAGGGGAAAUUUAAGACAUUCCAAUUUGCGCAUUUCAGAAUUUUGCGAUCAUAAUUAAGACAACUAGAAAUUAAAAGAGAAAUCCCUUAUUAUAAAAUUGUAAGUGGGAUUUCUCAUCUAUGGGUGGAGGUGUUAUGCCGGAGGUAUUUGGAUUUCACUAACAUCCGUUUUAUUUGAUAAGAAUUAGCUUAGGAAGCGUUCACACGGUUUUGUAGCUGUCUCAGCAAAAGUGACCGUGAGAGGCCGACCGUACUACGCUCGAUCAACGCACGUUACCCCCGCGCGAAGUAUACAUAAUAGCACGAAGGUAGAUUUUUUUAAGCGUGCGAAGUUCAGUUUUAAAACACUCCUUCGACUUGGUACGAUCUCGAGAGACGUAACCGACAAUAGCCGAAGUUCAGAACGAAAAACUUGUGAAUGUUUUAUGAAUCAGUGAAGAACAGUAAUAAAUUUAAGUUUUAAUAAAAAAAAAACAAUCGAGUGAAUUUUUAUUCCGAAGAUAAA